AUGACAGCCAAGCCAAGUGAGGAUCAAGGAUCUAAAGACCAUGACAAGAUCGAACGCCGUAAAAGGCAGAACCGGAUAAAUCAAAGGACUUACCAUGAUGGACAUGACGUCUCUGCUGCAAAACCCCAUGCCUCGUUAGACCGUUUCUCAGAUAAGCCUCUGGUACAUCCUCGAACGGAUUCUCUUGACAUCAUUGCCUGUUAUUUAGCCCCGAGAGGUGCCUGUGAACGGGCUGUAGCUUUCAGAAAAUAUGCCUUUCAGAGUUACAUUACUGGCUCGCCAAAGACCGACCACCUGCUGACCCUGACCAAGAUCAACGUUCAUCGUGCCUUGGUCGAGAACAUGGCUGCAUUAGGCAUGGACAUGAAUUGGAUGAAUGCUGACGCCGUAUCUCCAUUUUGCACAUCUCAGCCAUGGCCCCCCACAAGUAACACAAUUAUCCCGGCGCACCUUCGACCUACGGAUAUCCAGUGCACUGUACCACAUCACCCAUGGCUGGACUUCUUCCCACAUCCUAGGAUGCGGGACCAGCUGAUAGCUGCGGGGGAUGGGUUUGAUGAUGAGCAGCUCUGUACGGAUAUCAUGGGAUUUUGGAGCGACGAGAAGGAUAGUCCAGGGCUGGUGAUUUGGGGGAAUCCCUGGGAGGUGGGCAAUUGGGAGUUGUCAGAGGGAUUUCUGAGGAAAUGGGGGUGGGCUGUUAGAGGGUGUACGGAGUUGAUUAGGUCGACGAAUUAUUGGCGAGCGAUGAGGGGAGAGAAACGAUUAUCGAUGCAUGCUUUGCUAUGA